AUGGGCGACAAGAUCCGGCUGCCCUUCCCGGGGGUCCUCUGGGCCGCUCUGCUGCUGCCCGCGGCGGCCGGCUUCACGCCCUCCUUGGACAGCGACUUCACGUUCACCCUUCCCGCCGGCCAGAAGGAGUGUUUCUACCAGCCCAUGCCCCUGAAGGCCUCGCUGGAGAUCGAGUACCAAGUUUUAGAUGGAGCAGGAUUAGAUAUUGAUUUCCACCUUGCCUCUCCAGAAGGAAGAACGUUAGUUUUUGAGCAAAGGAAAUCAGAUGGAGUUCACACGAUAGAGACUGAGGUUGGUGACUACAUGUUCUGCUUUGAUAAUACAUUCAGCACCAUUUCUGAGAAGGUGAUUUUCUUUGAAUUAAUCCUGGAUAAUAUGGGAGAACAGGCAGAAGAACAAGAGGACUGGAAGAAAUACAUUACUGGCACAGAUAUGUUGGAUAUGAAACUGGAAGACAUCCUGGAAUCCAUCAACAGUAUCAAGUCCAGACUAAGCAAAAGUGGUCAUAUUCAAACUUUGCUUAGAGCAUUUGAAGCUCGUGACCGAAACAUACAAGAAAGCAACUUUGAUAGAGUUAAUUUCUGGUCUAUGGUUAAUUUAGUGGUAAUGGUGGUGGUGUCAGCCAUUCAAGUUUAUAUGCUGAAGAGUCUUUUUGAAGAUAAGAGGAAAAGUAGAACUUAAAACUCCAAACUCGAGUACUUCACAUUGAAAAAAAUGGACAGAAACAUGCAAUAAACUGUUAUAGUCAAGACCAUUAAUAGUCUUUUCCAGCAUUUUCAGGUAUUACCAUUAAGUGUGAAAUAAGUAUAAUUUUAAUGUGAAAGGAAAGUCUUUACUUUCAUCUGUGCAAGUAAUCUUACUGUUCAGUUGUACUUAAAUGUGUAACAUUUUGCAGGUACAAAUGAAUGAAGCCAUAUUAAUUAAUGGCAGUUUCCUAAGUCUGAAAAAAUUUUCAAAUGUCAUAGGUAAUUUAAAUAAAGGAACUUUGGGAGUUCCCUUAUGGCAUAGCAGGUUAAGGAUCUGGUGCUGUCACUGCAGCAGCUUGGGUCACUGCUACGGCAUGGGUUCCCUCCUGGCCCAAGAACUUCCACAUGCCACGGGUUCAACCAAAUAAACAAAGUUUGGGUCUAAAUGGAACACUGAACAGUAUUUUUAAAAGAUUCUGUUACUGAGAAGUUUCUUGAAGUUUCUUUGUAAAUGUGGCAGUUACGAAUUGUAGAAGUUUUCAAUAUAUUGUUACAAAUCAUCUGAGAAUGACCCAAUCAUGGAUAUCUUUAGAAAACAUUCAGCUUUUCUCUUUUGCAUAUGUAUUUCCUAUAAUGUAAAUAGAAGCAUAGACAUCAAAAAUAGAUUUUUAUAGCCAAAUAUCUUUCAUUUUAAAAUACUAGCAAAAAGGACUAGUUUUAUAUACUUAGCCUGUAUUCCCCAAAGCUGACAUUUUUAAUAAUUGUUGAAAAUGCUAAGUCAUACUAAAAUUAGGACUGAUUUUCUCUUUGAAGAAUAAAGAUUGCUCUGUCUCCAUAGGGAUACAUUUUGUCUAAUCCUUAAACUAAGAUACAGGAUUUUAAAGUUAAAUAUGAGGGGGAGUUACCUUGUUGGCCCAGUGGGUUAAGUAUCAGAGUAUCUGGCAUUGUCACUGCAGCGGCCUGGACUGCUGCUCUGGUGCAGGUUCAGUUGCUGACCUGAGAACUCCUACAUGCCACAGGUGCAGCCAGAAAAAAAAAAUUAAAUGUGAGGGAAAAUUAUUUUUAUAAUCUCAGCAGCAUUAUGUUGGUUUUAAUGUGUUUACUGACUUGUAUCAUACAUUAUCAGCAGCAGUUGUGAAGGAAAUACUGCUAAAAGGAUCUGGGCCUAAUGUAAAUAACUAUCUCUUUUUUUGAAUUCUCAAAAUCAAAAAAAAGAAUAAAAUCAAUAUUAAAAAUUAGGGAAGCUUGAUAAUAUCUGAUCAAAAUAAAGUUUACUUAAACUCUAGGUAUCUGGUAGGCUAAUCAUAGUGAUUCAGUCCUCAUAUAAAUCAUGAGAUUAAUUUCCAGUUAACUGGAAAAAACUAUGGGUUUUUUACAAUUGCUUUAUUCUGUUUUGAAUUAUCUUUUAUAAGUAUUCAGGUAAAUUUUACAAAAUAUAAGCCCUACUGUCAAUAUAUAUAUAUAUACA